CAUUUGAGGUUUGCAAUCCGUGGCCAGCGGUUCGCACAGUCGCGGCAAUAAUUGAUUCAUUGAGAGCACUAUAAAAAUAAAUCUACUAUAAGUAUAAAGAGAAACGCAGCAACAACAACAACAAAUAACGAUGGAUAGCACCGAAUUUCGAAAACGUGGCGUGGAAAUGGUCGAAUACAUUUGCAACUAUCUGGAAACCUUGGGCGAACGGCGCGUUACGCCCAGCGUGGAGCCCGGCUAUCUGAGGCAUCUGUUACCAUCUGAAGCACCCCAAGAGCCAGAGGAUUGGGAUCAAAUAAUGGUGGAUGUGGAGGAUAAGAUAAUGCCAGGCGUGACGCAUUGGCAGCAUCCAAGAUUCCACGCCUACUUCCCGGCGGGCAAUUCGUUCCCCUCGAUCUUGGGCGAUAUGCUGGGCGAUGGCAUCGGUUGCAUUGGCUUCUCCUGGGCAGCGAGUCCGGCGUGCACCGAACUGGAGACCAUUGUGCUCGAUUGGCUGGGCAAGGCCAUUGGAUUGCCCGAUCACUUUCUCGCACUCAAAGAGGGCAGCACUGGCGGUGGUGUGAUACAGACAUCGGCGUCGGAGUGUGUGUUGGUCACCAUGUUGGCAGCUCGCGCCCAAGCGUUGAAGCGUCUCAAGGCGCAGCAUCCGUUCGUGGAGGAAGGUCAUUUGCUGUCCAAGCUGAUGGCCUAUUGCUCCAAGGAGGCGCACAGUUGUGUGGAGAAGGCGGCGAUGAUUUGCUUUGUGAAGCUGCGCAUUCUCGAACCGGAUGAGAACGCCAGUCUCCGUGGCCAGACCAUUUGCGAGGCCAUGGAGGAGGAUGAGCUGCAGGGACUGGUGCCGUUCUUUGUGUCCACCACGCUGGGCACUACCGGCUCCUGUGCCUUCGACAAUCUGCCCGAAAUUGGCAAAGAGCUGAAGAAAUUCCCCUGCGUUUGGCUGCACGUGGAUGCCGCGUAUGCUGGCAAUAGUUUCAUCUGUCCGGAGCUGAAGCCGUUGCUCAAGGGCAUCGAAUAUGCCGACUCAUUCAAUACGAAUCCCAACAAAUGGCUACUGACCAAUUUUGACUGCUCAACGCUUUGGGUGCGCGAUCGCAUCCGUCUGACAUCAGCUCUGGUUGUGGAUCCGCUAUAUCUCAAGCACGGCUACUCGGAUGCGGCCAUCGACUAUCGUCAUUGGGGAGUUCCACUCAGUCGUCGCUUUCGUUCACUGAAACUGUGGUUUGUGCUGCGCUCUUAUGGAAUAUCCGGACUACAGCAUUAUAUACGUCACCAUAUCAAACUGGCCAAACGAUUUGAGGAGCUGGUGCUCAAAGAUAAACGCUUUGAGAUUUGUAAUCAAGUCAAGCUUGGACUGGUUUGCUUUCGCCUCAAGGGCAGCGACAAGCUCAACGAGAAGUUGCUCAGCGCCAUCAACGAGUCGGGCAAGUUGCACAUGGUUCCCGCCAGCGUCAACGAACGCUAUAUCAUACGCUUCUGUGCGGUGGCACAGAAUGCCACCGGCGAGGACAUCGACUACGCCUGGGACACCAUUGUCGACUUUGCCAACGAGCUGCUGGAGAAGGAACAACACGACGAGAUCACCGAGAUUAUCAAUCGCAAGAAACAAGACACUUUGGCCCAGAAGCGUUCGUUCUUCGUCCGCAUGGUCAGCGAUCCCAAGAUCUAUAAUCCGGCCAUCAAUAAGGCCGGCACACCGAAGCUAUCCAUGGAGUUGCCAUCGCCGGUGGUGAGUCGAGGCAGUGCACCCAUCAUACGCACCCAGAGCUCGGUGGAUCACAACUCCUGGAUCUCCUGGCCAUUGGCGUUUCUUUUCAACAGUAACAACGAGGAAAAGGGCAGCAACUGCUCCUUGCGUUUCCGACACCUGGACACCAAUGUGCGACCUUCGUCUUCACGUCGCAAUUCGGGCGCCGGCUCAUCGCCAUCGCCGGAGAACGAGACGGGCUUUGUGAAUGUGCAACAACAAUCUAUUCUCCAACAGCAACAACAACAACAACAACAACAGCAGCAGCAGCAGCAGCAACAACAAUCGCCAAGAAAAUCGCCAAUGGUUCUAAGGAAAUUAUCUUCCGCUCGGGAUAAUCACAAUUGAAUUUCUGCUCGCUUUAAUUAAUUAAUUAUGCAAAACUAUUUGAAAAGCGCUCUUCACAUUUAGCUGUGGCGCCUAGUUGAAUUCUAGACCAAUUUACAAAUACAAUAUACAAUUAAUAAUAACUGUUUUUCCCUAUAAAUAUUUGAUGUAGUAAAUGCAAGCACCUUUCUCUGUUAGCCAUAAAUUUUGUUGCUCAAAUCAUCUAAUGUUUAUGCAGUAUACCGAAUAAAUAGCGA